UUCCUUUUCUCUCACGUUAGGAUUGUGCGUCAGUUGCCAAAAGGUGGGGACAUUUCCUGAACCUUUGCAACACUGAGAGGUUGUCUUCAGGGAGCACAUUCUGAGCACCGCAACAGGCAAGCGAGGGUCUGGGAGCGGCCCCGCUGAGGGAAACACCAGCUUGCCCUCUCCCUGUCCCCUGGCAGCCCCCCCAAGCCCCCUGGCCUGCGCCUGACCAUGUCCCUGGCUGAGGCCAUCAGCCUCUGGAAUGAAGGGGUGCUGGCAGCUGACAAGAAGGAUUGGAAGGGAGCCCUGGACGCCUUCACUGCAGUCCAGGACCCCCACUCCAGGAUUUGCUUCAACAUCGGCUGCAUGCACACAAUCCUGGACAACAUGCCCGAGGCGGAGAAGGCCUUCACCAGAAGCAUUAACCGAGACAAGCACUUGGCAGUGGCCUACUUCCAAAGAGGGAUGCUCUAUUACCGGAUAGAGAAAUAUGAUUCAGCUAUCAAAGACCUUAAAGAGGCCUUGACUCAGCUUCGAGGGAAUCAGCUGAUAGACUACAAGAUUCUGGGGCUGCAGUUCAAGCUGUUUGCCUGUGAGGUGUUAUAUAAUGUUGCUUUAAUGUAUGCCAAGAAGGAGGAGUGGAAAAAGGCUGAGGAACAUUUAGCUUUGGCCAUGAGCAUGAAGUCUGAGCCGAGACAUUCUAAAAUUGACAAAGCCAUGGAAUGUGUUUGGAAACAGAAGCUGUAUGAGCCUGUGGUGAUCCCUGUGGGCAGGCUGUUUCGACCAAACGAGAGGCAAGUGGCUCAGCUGGCCAAGAAGGAUUACCUCGGCAAGGCGACAGUGGUGGCAUCUGUGGUGGAUCAAGACAGUUUCUCGGGGUUUGCCCCUCUGCAGCCACAGGCAGCUGAACCUCCACCCAGACCCAAAACCCCAGAGAUCUUCAGGGCUCUGGAAGGGGAAGCCCACCGUGUGCUGUUUGGGUUUGUGCCUGAGACCGCAGAAGAGCUGCAGGUCAUGCCAGGGAACAUCGUUUUUGUCUUGAAGAAGGGCAAUGAUAACUGGGCUACGGUCAUGUUCAACGGACAGAAGGGGCUCGUUCCCUGCAACUACCUUGAACCACUUGAGCUGCGGAUCCAUGCUCAGCAGCAGCCCCAGGAGGAAGCCUCCCCAGAUUCUGAUAUCCCAGCUCCUCCCAGUUCUCAUGCUCCCGGAAGACCCCAGUUGCCACCAGGUCAAAAAGAAAAAGAAGAGUCCAAGGAAGUAAAGCUCAGCAUUCCCAUGCCCUACACGCUCAAGGUGCACUUCAAGUACACGGUGGUCAUGGAGACGCAGCCCGGGCUCCCCUACAGCCAGGUCCGGGACAUGGUGUCUAAGAAACUGGAGCUCCUGCCGGAGCACACUCGGCUGAGCUACCGGCCUCGGGACAGCAAUGAGCUGGUGCCCCUCUCGGAAGAGAACAUGAAGGCUGCCUGGGCCCAGGUGAAAAACUACAGCCUGACUGUGUGGUGUGAGAACACAGUGUCCCCGAAACUCUCAGAGGAACCAUCAUCCCAUCUUAUAAUGGAGGAGAUAAGGCAAAGAGAGGGUGACCAAGGCUUUCCUGACGAACCCAAGGAAAGUGAAAAAUCUGAAGCUAAUAACCAGACAACAGAACCUCAGCUUAAGGAAGGAGGCCAAGUGGUAGCACUCUUCAGUUAUGAGGCUACCCAGCCAGAAGACCUGGAGUUUCAGGAAGGGGACAUAAUCCAGGUUAUAUCAAUGGUGAAUGAAGACUGGCUGGAAGGGGAGUGCAAAGGGAAGAUUGGCAUUUUCCCCAAAGCUUUUGUUGAAGAACACGCAACUACGGACAUGGAAAGCUCUCCUAGAGGAGUCUAGGAUGUUCUAUAACCUACAAAGUUGGAGAAAAGGAACUACUACAGUUUGCAAAGUUUAGCAUGCCUCUGUAGAACACUGAACUGAGACAUUACUGUUUGGAAGUGUUAACUAAUCUACUGUUCCCACUGAAAAUUUAACCUAUUAGACAAUGAUGUGAGAACUUAUCGUGAUGAUAACCCAGGGGUGGGGGGGGGGGGUGGGCUGGGGUAGAGUGAGUAGAAACGUCUGGAAGGGUAUGAGGUGUG